AUGGAACCAACUUGUGCUGCUUGUGCCAUGGAAUGGAGCAUCCAACUUGAGAAGGGUCUUCGUUCUGGUAAACCAGGUGUACCUGUCAAAGCCAUAUUGCAAAUGGGGCCCCACCUUCAGCGUUGGAGUAGAGAGCUUGAGUCUGGUAUUGUUCCCAAUGGAAUGUUUGACCUUGUUCCAGGUGAAGGUGAUCUAUUUGCUAAUACCAUCCUCUUACGCCUUGCUGAUGCCUUUAGGGGAGGCAACACAGAAAUCAGGCUUUCUGUUGUCAGAGUUUUCUUGAUCGAGCGAAAGCACCAUGAUAACAGGAAGCACAAGCAGUGUAACGGGUUGCUGUCGAUGGCCAGAAUAGCUAACCACUUGGAGUUGUUGAAGCGGGUAAAAUCUGUUUUCAACAGUGGAGAUUCAGAGUCCAAGUCACUGGCUCUAGUUCUGUUUGGUUGCUGGGCUGAUUUUGCCAAUGACAAUGCUCAGAUACGAUACUUGAUACUUUCCAGCCUUGUUUCUCCUCAUGAUUGUGAGGUAAGAGCAUCAUUGUUUGCUGCCGGUUGCUUUUGUGAGAUAUCCGAUGAUUUUGCAUGUAUUACAUUGGAGAUGCUGUUUAACAUUAUGAAUUCACCUGCAGCAUCCUUAACUAUAAAAUUGGCUGCAGCAAGAAUUUUUGCAAAAUUCAAGUGCUCGUAUUCAGUGGCAAAGAAAGCAUAUAAGAUAGGUUUGGAGCUAAUAUCAAAUUCUUCAAAUGAAGAUAUUCUUGUUAUCAUGCUAUUCUCACUUUCAAAGUUGGUAUCCAUUUCUACACUUCUUACCUCCAAUCAUGUGGAGUUCCUUGUUUCAUUCCUUGAACGACAAUCAACUUCCCAUGUACGAGAAACGGUCUUAAGAUGCUUACAUUUUUUAUUCAGAAACAAUCCAUCUCUAAAGCUCUACAGCAAUACAUCCUUUGAAGUUCCAGAUGGACAAUCCAUAGAACUCUCUCCAUCUGAAUAUGAAGCUUGGAAAGGUGAUUGGACAGAUGAUGAAAUGCUUGAACUGAACAAAUUGUUUUCAGAUUCUGAAGUACUUAACUGUAUAGUAUAA